AUGCACGGCCACAGGAGGAGGAGCGCUCUGGAGCACGUCGUGAGGCGGCAGUGUGCGAGGAGCUCCAAGCAAAGAAGCUCCAUCUUCAGAGCUCAGAGAGAGGACCAUUGUCUCAGGAUGAGGAAAAGUCGGAGCGCACACGGGGUCAUGCCAGCAGAGGAUAGUAGGGAGCAGCCUCUCGGGCCGGUCCCCAGCGGCAGCACCCUCAGUGUGGAUCUGUAUAAAGUCCACCGGCGUUUCUCUGGGAACUUGCAGCUUCCCCCGUUGUCCUGGCGACAGGCAGAGAAGGAACGAGACCGGGGACGACCCCUGAGCCCUGAGGAGGACGCAGUGACCCGGAACAGACCCACCACGCUGCCCAUCGCCUCCCUGCCUCGGAUCGACAUCACACACGCCGACCCAGACAGGUCUUCUAGAUGCAGAUUGGGACAUUUUGACUUCAGUGAAGAAGUGGUGACUAGCGUGCUUGUCUCAGCUCCCAGUUUUGAUGGUGAGAAUGGCCCGUCGCUGUGCUGCAGUCCCUCUGAUCCGCAAGCCUCGCCGGGGUCCAGUCUGGUUCUACAUCCAAACUCCGCCUGUCACGGCCAGCGCAGAGAGUCCUUCUUGUACCGCUCUGACAGUGACUACGAGCUCUCUCCAAAAUCCUUGUCCAGAAACUCCUCCAUUGUGGGCGAACUGCACACGGAAGACUUGAUAGUAACUCCCUUCGCUCAGGUACUAGCAAGUCUCCGAACCGUCAGAAACAACUUCACCACCCUGACGAAUGUGCAGUGUGCCUCCAGCAAGAGGUCUCCAGCUGCGAGCCAGCCCUCUCUCACCAAAGUGUGUCUAUCAGAUGAGUCGUACCAGAAGUUGGCGAUGGAAACCAUGGAGGAGCUGGACUGGUGUCUGGACCAGCUGGAGACCAUUCAGACAUACAGAUCUGUCAGCGAUAUGGCGUCAAACAAGUUCAAGAGGAUGCUGAACCGAGAGCUAAGCCACCUGUCUGAGAUGAGCCGAUCUGGCAACCAAGUGUCAGAGUACAUCUCCAAUACCUUCCUUGAUAAGAAGAACGAUCUGGAGCUUCCUUGCCCUGUCCCAAAGUCGAGGGAAAGAAAACGACGCCAGGGCCCCCAUCACCACCAGCACCACCACCAGCAGCAGCAGCAGAGUGGGAUGAUGAAUCAGAUCAGUGGAGUUCGAAAACUCAGCCACUCACCAAAUAUUUCUGGAACCACAGUGCAUCGCUUUGGGGUGAAGACAGACCAGGAAGAGCUGCUGUCAAAAGAUCUGGAAGACAUUAAUAAAUGGGGUUUGAACAUCUUCAAAGUGGCAGAGCAUUCGCACAACAGGCCCCUGACGUGCAUCAUGUACACCAUUUUCCAGGAGCGAGACUUGAUGCGAACGUUCAAGAUUCCAACAGACACAUUUGUGACUUUCAUGCUGACCCUGGAGAGCCACUAUCACUCAGACGUGGCCUACCACAACAGCCUGCACGCCGCCGAUGUGGCCCAGUCCACGCACAUACUGCUGUCCACUCCAGCUCUCGAUGCGGUUUUCACGGAUCUGGAAAUCUUGGCGGCCAUUUUUGCUGCUGCAAUUCAUGACGUGGAUCAUCCUGGCGUCUCCAACCAGUUUCUCAUCAACACAAACUCCGAGUUGGCGCUGAUGUACAACGAUGAGUCAGUGUUGGAAAACCACCACCUGGCCGUAGGCUUCAAGCUGCUACAGGAAGACAACUGCGACAUCUUCCAAAACCUCACAAAAAAGCAGCGGCAGACACUGAGGAGGAUGGUCAUAGACAUGGUUCUGGCAACAGACAUGUCGAAACACAUGAGUUUGCUGGCUGAUCUCAAAACUAUGGUGGAGACGAAGAAGGUGACGAGCUCUGGGGUUUUGAUGCUGGACAACUACACAGACAGAAUGCAGGUUUUGCGUAAUAUGGUUCACUGUGCGGACCUCAGCAACCCCACCAAACCUCUGGAUCUGUACCGACAAUGGACGGACAGGAUUAUGAAUGAGUUCUUCCAUCAGGGAGACAGAGAGAGGGAGAGGGGGAUGGAGAUCAGCCCUAUGUGCGACAAACACACUGCUUCUGUGGAGAGAACUCAGGUGGGCUUUAUCGAUUACAUUGUCCACCCGCUUUGGGAGACAUGGGCAGACCUAGUCCAUCCAGACGCCCAGGACAUUUUGGACACUUUGGAGGACAACCGGAACUGGUACCAGAGUAUGAUUCCGCAAAGCCCUUCCCCCCCAUUUUACACCAGCGACGUAGAAGGAAAUUCUCAAGGAGAGCUGGAGGAGUGCACCAUGUCCACCAAGUUCAAAUUUGACUUGACAGUAAUGGACCAAAGUGGACAACCUGGACAGAGGGACAGUGGGACUAUGCACGAGGACGCUGGUGACUUGCCAGAUCAAGCAUGUGAUGAAAGUCAAGAUGCAGAGACAUAG